ACUUUCAGACACUUCGCAACAUAGCGUACCAAAAAUAAGGGGUUUGGGAGAUAUCUUUAAAGCGUUGCAUUAGUUGAAUUCCAUCUCAUGGAUACUAAAUCAGUUUAAAUCUGUUUUGGAGUGUUGUAGAAGAAUUUGUGUAGCUUAAAAUAAUGCUUUACAGUCUGUAUAUACCGGUGCAGCACCAAUGUCUGCUCUAUUAUUAUCUGAACUCUCUUAUUUGGAGGAAAGAAUAGACAGAUGUUUGGGAAUGGUGGAAAUUUUAGGUGGUGUAAAUGAUAACGUGGUAAAACGUUGUGGUGUUUUGAGCUCUGAACUAAAUUUAUGUCAGAAAUAUGUGGAAGAAUUACAUACACUUCUGUUUAAGUACUCGUCAGAAAUUGAGAAAACCGAGAAACUUCAGAUUGAUUUUUGCACUCUUGAUGAAAUUGUAGACAAUGUCAGUAAUAACAUACCUCCAAUUUUUAAGCGCGAGCCAGUACCUAGUCAGUCAACAACUGCAGUACCUAAUCAGUCAAAUGCAGUAUCUUCAAAGGGGCCAAAAAAACAGCAGCAGCAGCUUGUUCCCAGAAUCAACCUUGUACAAUUUGACGAGUUUAAAGAGACACCAACGUACCUGAGAGGGCGCAUGAAGUAUGACGAUCUCAAUGAUAUUGUUCAGGAGAUUAACCAGAUUAUUGCAAAAAAAUAUAGCAUAGUCACGCAACAGCUGAAGACACUAAAGAGAUCUGAGCAAGAGCUCUGGAGGAAGUAUAAAUUAGAAGAAGUGAAUGAAGUUAAAGGGUCAUAUUUUAUUACUGAUGAUGACUUGAAAAGGAACAUUGCUCAAAACAAACUGAUUUACGUGACAAAGUAUGCAAUACCUCUCCUCAGACAUGUUAAGAAGGUAUCUGAGGUUCGUUUGAAGGGAGUAACUUACUAUACAUUUUAAUUUGUCUGGAAGUUGUGUGUUUAUACAUGAUCAAAAAUAACAUUUGGACUUAAUUUUAUUUAUCACCAUUUGUCAAAGGAUCUU